GAGGAGCAGGGCGGGGAGGAGGGAAAAGAGGAGGGCGAGGAGGAUUGGGCAAGGAGGAGGGCGAAGAGGGUGAGGAGGAUGGCAAGGAGGAGGGCAAGGAGGAGAGAGAGGAAGAGUGCGAGGAGGAGGGCUGCGGGGAGGGGGAGGAGGAGGGCAGGGAGGAGAGCGACAAGGAGGGUGCGGAAGAGGGUGAGGAGAAUGUAGAGGGGGGUGAGGAUGAAGAAGGUGUACAAGGUGAUGACGAUGUUCAGGAGGUGCAGCUCGUACGAGUGGCGGGUGAUGGAGAUGUGAGGGUGCGAAAAUUGUGGAGAUGA